AUGUCUUCACAACCUCUAUACUACGAUAAGGUCUCCGAGAACGAGGAUGAUAUCAGCCUCGAUCAGCCUACCCAUAAGCCCUCGGCCGUCAAGCGCUGGAGCUGGGGUCAACAAUCAUUCAUUAUUCGUACCCUUGUCAUUGCUAUUUACACGAUUCUGAUCGCCGGUAUCUGCUCUGCGAUCGUCGAAUACCGACAUAGCGAUGACUCGACGACCACUGCCGUCGCCGAGGCUACUUCCACUCCUGCUCCUGCUGCCCAGGUCGAGCAGGCCAAGGCUGAGGUUGAGGCCAAGCCCGACACUCCCAAUACUGGCCUCGAUCAGAUCCAGCACUGCGGCUCCAACCACACCGAGGCCAAGGCUUUGGGCUGCGUGUACGAUGUCAUGAUGCAGCUGUGGAUGCCCGCUGCCUGCUAUGACGAAGUUCUCAGUGAACGCUUCCUGAACGAGGGCAACUGGACCUGGUGGUCCGACCCCGAGAAUGGUGUCACUAUGUCCGAUGAGCAGAUGCGCAAGGGUGAACACUCCGUUGCCUUCAUGUUGAUGGAUUACCACAAGAUGCACUGUAUUUUUGCCAUGGAGAAGCUGGUCCGUGCUCUGCGAAACCAGUGGUCCAUCAUACCCGAGCUGGUCUCAUACGACCACAUUGUGCAUUGCAAGCACAAGACCCUCGCUCGCCCCGACGGCGACACGGUCAAGGGUGUCCGCGCUCCCACCGGUUUCACCUCGUGUGCUCCUUAUGAGGUCUGGAAGAAUCAGCUUCCCGAGGACCACACUUCUUCAACCGACUAA